UAUCGAUUUUUAUUUUAGAAUUUUUAUUCUUUCUUUUUGGAUAUUAUUAUAGACACUUUAAUAGACCUUUAUAAACCAAUCUACUACAAUGCAAUUCAAAUCCGUCAUCAUCGCUUUAACUGCUGUCUCUGCUGUUUCUGCCGCUAACGCCACCAACGGUACUAAUGCUACUAACGGUUCUACUUCUGGUGCUGCUGCUGGUUCUAACCAAUUAGCCUCUGCUGCUUUAGUCGGUGCUGCUGCUGCUGCUGGUGUUGCUUUAUUAUUCUAAGUUUAUUAAUUAAUUAAUUAAGUCAAUCAUAUAAUAAUAAAUCAUAAUACAAAAAUCAUUAAAAAAUCAGAAUCAUUCUUGACUUUAAUGUCUUGAUAAUCCACUUUCAUAUAUACAAAUGGCUUUUGCCAGUCUAACCUAUCCAAUUCAUGAUUGGUUAAAUUGUAGUGCUGACUAGUCAGUAUCUCAAUUUGACUUUAUUUGCACACCAAAAUGCACACAGUUCAAUCUUUGUUAAUAUUACUUUUUACUUUUAACUAUAAUAUAUUAAUUUAAUCUUCUUUUUCAAUAUAUUAUACUAUAUUAUAUUCUAUUUAAUUUUUAUUUUAUAUAUAAUCUAACAAUUUAUAUUUAAUAAACAACAAAUCCGACUAAUAA